AUGGCCGAGCAAGAGGGCGAGCGAGGGGAGGACUGCUCAGGGUGGCGAUUGGUGCCGGUGGAGCUCACGCUGCAGGUGUUCUCCUGGCUGGAACCUGGUGACCUGGCGCGAGCCGAGCUCGUGUGUCGGCGGUGGCGCGCCACGAUCGGACCCACGUCACCGCACGCCACCUUCUUCUGGCGCACCGUCCACGAAGUCCGCUUUGGUGGCGCGUGGGUGCGACCAAGCAAGGAGCAGCUCCGGUGGCAGAAGCAGCGCGAGGACAGAGUGGCCGAUGCGGUGGUGGCGGCAUCAUCACCGCCGGCCUGGACCGUCACAUGCGGCCACCAUGUGCUCCUGCGCCAUCUGCUGGCCACCCAACCCGUUGCCGCUGUCGCCGCUUGCCAGCGCGUCGGCAGCGGGAACUUGGUGCGCUGGGCCGUGUCGAGCGGCAGCGAGCCAACGGUCGAUCUGGUGACUCGCCACGUUGACGUGCCGGUGGAGGCUAUCGUGUGUGAUGAAGCCUUCAGGCUGGGCUCCUCCCCGCAGGCCAUGGUCGACCUGCUCGUGCAUCGCUUCAUCGUCGCCACUCGCGGGGGUCAUCGAUCUUCGCCUGUCGCCCCCGCAGCAACCGCAGCCGACUGGCCCUCCGCCGCCAUAUCUCAGGCCUGGUACGUCGAGCAGUUGGACGAGGCGCUAGCCCAGACCGUGGUACGCGGUCGGCGAUGGUCAGCGGCCGAACUGUUUGUUCUCGCGGGCGAAGGCCGGCACGUGGGUGCGAUGGCGCUUCUCCUGGACCGAUGCGCCACCGAGGCCGCGAGGCAGAAGCUCCUGCAGGCUACCAAUCAGAAGAACAACACCGCGUUCCUGGAGGCGUGCGACCGCCGCCAAGCGAAGGUGCGCGACACCACGGGCCUCGACAGCAUGUCGGCCCUCGGACUGGCCCUGAGGCGAGGCGAUGUGGCCAUGGUGCGAGCGCUGCUCGGUCGCGGGGCUCGGGCAAACGGCAACGGCAGGGAAUCAGUUCCGCCGCUGUGCCUGGCUGUCUCAGCGGAUGCCAACAGGAGAGAGCUGGUGGACUUGCUGCUGCAACACGGCGCCGAUGUCAACGCGCGCAACCGGCGCAAUGGCAAGACGUGCCUGCACGCGGCCUGUCGGUUGGUGCCGCUCGACAGCGGGAUGAUCGGCUACUUGCUCGACAAGGGCGCCGACCCCGGCAUCGUGGCGAAAGGCUGGAGCGUGAUGGGCUGCUUGCUGGCGAUGGCACCACCUGUCCCCGCCACCAACAAGAAGACCGAGUACGCGUGCGAGGUGUACAGCGAGGAGAGAAUGCGCGCAGCCCAACAGCUUUUGGCGCGAGGAGGCUCGCCAGCUGGCGGGGUGGGCAAGCCCGGCCGGUCGCUGGUCGCAAUGGUGCUGCGGUGGGUGCACAUCGAGGGGCGCUUCGACAAGCGAAGCGAGGAGUACGUCAUCCGCAUGCUGGACCUGCUGUUGGUCCACGGCUUCUCUAUCCACAGCGAGCCGAUCGAUACGCUGGCGCCUCUCGUCGGCUGCAGCGCGCCGAGCAUCAUCCGCCACUUGGCCGCCACGCAAGACCUCAAGGCUGUGCUGGGCGAUGCCGGAGGCCGCGUCGCGGUUCUCGCGCCCGCGCGCCGUAUGUGGAUCGGAGUCAGAAACCGAGACAACAUGCGGGAGCUCUUCGCCGUGCUGGGCGUCAGGCUCGACACCGGCGAUCCGCCGCCAGUGCACGUGCCCAACCUUAUGGGCUCGUCGUAUCUUGAACUACUGACGGAGAUGGUCAAGCACGGGGCCGACAUCAACGCACGCGACAGCGAGGGUCAGACGAUCGCCCAUUGCUUCGUGCUCGAGAGCCGCAGCGCGCCGACCACGGGCACGCUGCGCGCGUGGCAGCGGCUCGGGCUGGACUUUUCGCUGCGCGACGGCCACGGCCGCACGCCGGCCGAGGCCUAUCGGGCGUGGCGCAGGGGACUAAGGAGCAACCCGUACUACGUCUACCAGCAGGAGGAAUUGCAGCGGGUGUUGGAGAACCUGCAAGCCGAGUGCCAAGCAGUACACCAGCCCUGA